ACUAAUCACAAAGCAUUGACGUAAACAUGGCGGCCACCAUGGAUGUGUGUAUUUCUCGUUCCUAAUGGAUUUAGUUGAAAAUAUGUUUGAAAUUGGGUAAAAUAUUGUUGAUUCGAAAUGACAGUCUAGAGUAAUAGGAUCAAAUGUUCCAUGCAGGCCAAAAAGCGAUAUUUUCUUUUAAUUCUUCUAGGGAUUAUCAUAUGUUUAUUGUGUUUUUUGGGUACAAAGCUCCAUAAAAAUUCACACCAUGGAAGAAUUUUUCAAAGGAAUUUGUACAGUUUCUUUGACAUCGAGGAUGAAAUCUUUGAAGAGGACUUGCACUUGUCCUCUAAACAAAGAAGGGAAACCGCAUCUGAGUCCAAAAAACAACGUUGUAGGAUGGAAACCUGCUUUGAUUUCAAUAAGUGUAAACUGGGAUUUAAAGUUUAUAUUUACCCCAUUCAAGAAAGGGUUUCAGAAACCUAUAGUAAAAUCUUACGGACCAUUCAAAAUUCCAUAUAUUAUACAUCGGACCCGGAGCAAGCGUGUAUAUUCAUUUUAUCCAUUGAUACAUUAGAUCGUGAUACCCUUAGUAAAGACUACGCCAAAGAUAUCCAAUCUAAAUUGGACCAAUUGUCGUUAUGGAAUAAUGGUAAAAAUCAUAUUGUUUUAAAUUUAUAUUCAGGAACUUGGCCAAACUAUAUAGAAAGUUUGGAUUUUGAUAUAGGCGAGGCAAUGAUUGCCAAAGCAAGUUUAUCUGUGUUCAAAUUCCGCCCUGGAUUCGAUAUAUCGUUUCCAUUAUUUGCCAAAGAACUCCCCGAAAUAGGUGGGGAAAGAGCUUAUGUGUAUAACUCUAUAAACAACAUCCCACCGUUUCGAGAAUAUUUAUUAGGAUUUAAAGGAAAAAGAUAUUUAACAGGAAUCGGUUCAGAAACGAGAAAUUCACUCUACCAUAUUCAUAACAAAGAGGAUAUAAUUUUAUUAACUACAUGUAGGCAUGGAAAAAACUGGCAGAAAAAAGCAAGAGAAUUAAAUGAUACAAGAUGUAAAGUUGAUAACGAAGAAUAUGACAAAUAUGAUUAUAAGAAGUUGUUAUACAAUGCUACUUUCUGUUUGGUGCCACGAGGAAGAAGAUUAGGAUCAUUUAGAUUUUUAGAAGCCCUGCAGGCAGGGUGUAUUCCUGUGUUACUUAGCAAUGGAUGGGAGUUACCCUUCUCUGAGGUUAUUGACUGGAGCAAGGCUGCAGUGUGGGGUGAUGAAAGACUAUUGUUUCAGGUUCCAUCCAUUGUGCGAUCCUUGUCUGUUCCUGAGAUUCUGGCGCUGAAACAACAAACACAGUUCCUAUGGGAGACAUACUUCUCUUCUAUUGAUAAAAUUGUAAACACAGUGUUACAGGUUGUAAAAGAUCGUGUGAACAGACAUUUGGCAAGAUCUCUAGCCGUGUGGAACAGUUUCCCAGGUGCUCUGUCUGUACUACAAGAAUAUUCCACCUCCAAGUCACAGUUCCCGUUCUAUUACUCUGACAAUGGGACCAGUCCGGGGCACCAGUUUACUGCCAUUAUCUAUGCAACAUCACCAGUCAUGCUUUCAUCUGCUCCAUUGUUUCGUCUCAUCAGAACUGUUGCUAAAUCUUCAUAUGUACAUAAGAUGAUAGUUGUAUGGCACUGUGAUAUAGCCCCACCCCCUGCACAAAAAUGGCCAGGAAACUUAGGUGUACCAGUACUGGUCAAAACUAGAAAUAUAAAGUCAAUUAGUGACAGAUUCCAAGCUUUCCCAGAUGUACAAACAGAGGCAGUGUUUAGUUUAGAUGAAGAUGCCUUAAUCACCACAGAUGAGAUUGAUUUUGCCUUUGGAGUAUGGAGAGAGUUUCCAGAUAGAAUUGUUGGUUAUCCUGCCAGAGAACAUUUCUAUGAUACCACAAAAAAGCGCUGGAGCUACACGUCUACAUAUAGUAAUGAAUAUUCAAUGAUUUUAACAGGUGCUGCAGUUUAUCAUAGGUAUUAUAAUUAUUUAUAUACAAACUCUCUAAGUACUGUAUUCACUCAAAUUGUGGACCAAUCACAGAACUGUGAGGAUAUACUUAUGAAUUUUCUAGUCAGUCAUGUGACCAAACAACCACCAAUCAAAGUGACUCAUAGAAAAAUAUACAAAGAGAGCAUGCUGGGAAGUAGUGGGCGGACAAGAACCUCUUUCUCAUUGGAUCAGCAACAUUUUUCACAGAGACAAGCUUGCUUAGCUCAUUUUGUCCAGUUAUUUGGAUAUAUGCCUCUCAUUCGAUCAAAAGUACGGAUGGACCCGGUGUUAUUCAAAGACCCGGUAUCAAACUUACGGAAGAAAUUUCGUCAAAUAGAAGUUAUAUGAUGGAUUAAUUUUAGAAUUACUAAUACUUUUCAAAAUAUUUCAAUUUCUCCAUUAUAAUUUUUUUAUCAAUGUUUUCAUUUCAUAUUUCAUUGGUGCAUUUGUGAUAACAUAGGCAAUUACUGUGGAUUUAUUUAUUUUCGUGAGUACCAAUUUUCGUGGAUUAAGAAAAACUUGCAUAUUUGUGGAUAUAUAAUUUCGUGGUUUUGCUGAAGUCUGCAUACAAACCUAUAAAAAAUCUAUCAUUUGUUGAACAUGAAAUUUCAUGGUUUAACUGUGCCCACGAAAUUCACGAAAAUUAGUAUCCAACGAAUAAUAACGAAUCCACAGUAUGUAUAUUUAUAGAACAGUAAAGUAUUCAAAAAAUAAAUCUGAUAUAAAUUAAAAUUUACCAUUUUGUAUGAUGGAUACAUAACCAAGUAUUUUAAAAUCAAUAUUCAUUAGAAAGAAUCAUAGCAAAUUAUUACAGGGAUUAACAUAGAAACGUUGUCAAGGGUGAAGCUUAUGAAUGCUUAAAUAUAAAUAUAUUAUAGAAAGUUGAAAUUGAAUCUUACUUUUGGUUUUUCAAAAUCAAUGAAAAUUAUAUUGAUUAUUUUUUUUUUGGCCAAACUUAUCUCAAAUUAUCUCAUUUUUAUGCUGAGAAAUUUAAGAUGAUGCUGGAGAUCAAAGAAUGGUGCUAAAUUCAAAUUUCAAGGAAUACACCCACUAAAUAGCUUGUGGCGAUCCAUAUGUUAUUUCAGCCUACUGAUUCAAAGUUACCCUAGUUUGUAUCCUAUGUAAUCAGUUAAUCUCAAGUAAAGUCACGUAUAGAACAAAAUAAAAUGUUAUUUAAAUUUAGAAUUAAUUAAUUGUACAAAGAGUCUCAGAGCCAUAAAAUGGCAAUUGGGCAUUGUUUAGUGUAUAUGGUAGUCAUAAUUAAUUAAUACUUUGUAUCACAUUAUAAGGCUAGAAAAAAAUAAUUUCUAAGUUGUGUUCUCAAACGUUCACCUGAAGAGAUGAUAGUUAAUGACUAUUUUUUGUAUCAUAAAUAGUUUCCAAAUUUUAUUUUCACAUAAAAAAACGCCUAAACAAUUACUUUAUGUAAUUUAUACAAAAAGGCACAAUUAAACUCUUGUUGACUAAAAUUGAUAGCUGCUAGAAUCUUAAGAAGUCCUCUGCAGUCAUCACAACCAUGUCUGCAUUGAGGUGAGGAGUUCAAAGUCAUUUGUUGUCUAGGACUGCCAUUUAUUCUGCCUUCUUUGGUUCUCCACCAAUUAAACUGGCUGAUUUAACAUGGUCAAGAAUGCCGAAAAUGGUUUUGAACAUAAACAAUCAAUUUUAUCAAGUGUAAAACAUAACCCUUAUUUCAACAGUAAAGUUCCCUUUUUAAUGCCUUGAUUGGUUAGGAAUUAAUGGAAUCAAUUCUGAUCUGCUUAAAAAAAAAGAACAUAUGAGAAACUUGUGAACUUAAUUUUUUCCAGCCUUAGUGAUAAAACCACUUCAUAACAAAGGUUGUAUGUAAAUAGAAAUGAUUAUUUUGUGAAUCCCCGGUAACUGCCUUUUUAAAGUUGUGGAAGGAAUUCAAUUGUAUGCUUUAAAAUGGAAUUAUACAUAGAAAUUAAUGUACUCAUCAAAGAAUUCAGAUUCAUUUGUUUAUCAUUAAGAAUAUUGUGUGAUAAUUCAUUUUUGAGACAGAUUGGAAUUAUAUUUCUGUGUAUAUUUAUCAAUUUUUAAAUAUCUUUUAAAAAAAUCAAUUUAACAUACUAUCAAUGUUAUUCUUCGGAGAACUGAAAAGACAAUUUAUAGUGAUUGCUAGUAUUUAUCAGUUUUGUAUAUUGAUAGUUAAGCUAUUUAUUGUGAAACAAGUUUUGUAAAAUUAUGUAUUGUUAUAAUGUAGCUUUAUAGCUCAUAUAUUCUACUUUUAAUUCAAUUUUUUCUACAAACUGAAUAAAUGUAUUUACACUUUUGGUAUUUGUAAGCUGGAUUUUGUCUCCUAUUGACCUUAGAUCUUCUCCAAAUAACCUUCUGACGUCAAGCAACAAUCACUUUUUAAUUGUGACGUCAAAAGACUAAAGUUAAUAUGGUACAUAACACUGCAGGGAGAUAACUCUGUAUCAAUCAGCUUAAGGAGGCAAUUUUAAACUCCUCAAUGAAUAAAAUUAGUGUUCAUCAAACUGCUAUAUAUACAAUGAAUUUUGCAGAUAAAGUGUGUGGUUCAAGUUUUUUGAAAUUUUUAUAUUUUUGACAAAAUAUUUUGAAAAUUAAAUGAACAAAACAGAAUUAUAGUCAAUGUGUUUGGUAUCUCUUUAAACAUUUACUGGUAUAGUACUUACACUGGUUUGUGAAACAAAUAUUCUUAUCACCUAAAAAGAUAUUUGCAAAUAUCUCAUAUGAGAAUUUGUACACUUUUAUUUUUAUAGUACAUCUAUUUGCUUAGUUUCUAACAAUGUUUUAUAUUAUAAUGGCAUUUUUUUUUGAAAGAUAAGGACGUUAUUUUACAAGUAUCAAAUUUUGAAGCUAUAUACCUCUUGUUUUACCACCUAUGAAAAAUGGUCACAAACUUAAAUUGUAUAUUCUUGUUUUUGAAUAUUGAAUGUUUGUUAAUAUAAUAUUGCUAGUCAGUAAGCUUUAAAAAAAGACUGACUCUAAAAUGUAUCGUUGAGAGAAUAUUUGUAGAUUAGAAGUACAUUUUUAUACUCUUUAUUUUCACAUCAUUUACACAUUUUACAAAUUUUUCACAUUUUUUGCAUGAUUUAACAUUUUUAUCACAUUUCAUUAUUUAUGCAUAAAUUUAAUGUUAAUGAGAGAAAAUAAGUGAUUUAUGUUGAGUGAAUAUAAUAUGAUUAAAUGUGAUCUUUGAAAGCAUAGUUUGAUAAUA